GCUGCAGCACAACAUGAUUUGGUUUUAAGUGCUAUUUCCACAGAUGUUAACUUUAUCACGCCAUCUAAUUUGAAGAUUCACAGCGGCAGACCGUUGCUGAGGGAGUUUCCACACUCCUUGGGGGGGCGAUCAAAUCGACUGCCUUACAGCCAACGCUUGAUCUGCAAACUGAUUUUUCACCACUCACGGGAAGAAACAAAUAGGUGGAAAAUGAGGAUCGUGCUGGUUCUUGGCACUGUGUCUUUGCUGCUCUGCGUUAAACUGGCUGAAACUCAGUUUCCUCGAGCUUGCUGCACAGUAGAGGGGAUCCGGUCCAAGCAGUGCUGCCCUGCUCUGGGCUCCGAUCCUGCCAACGUCUGCGGCUCUCUUUCAGGGAGAGGCACCUGCAGGGCCGUGCAAGUGGAUUCCAAACCCUGGGGGGGACCGUACAGACUCAGAAAUGUUGAUGACAGAGAGAGGUGGCCCACCAAGUUCUUCAAUCAGACUUGCAGGUGCAGCGGCAACUUUGCUGGCUAUAAUUGUGGUCAGUGUAAGUUCGGUUGGACUGGUCCAAACUGUGACCAGAGAAAAAGUCCUGUGGUGAGGAAGAACAUCCACUCCCUUACCAGCGGGGAAAUUCAGGAGUUUUUGGAUGUUCUGGAUCUGGCUAAGAACACCAUCCAUCCAGACUACAUGAUUGCCACACAGCACUGGCUGGGUUUGCUGGGACCAAAUGGGACGGAGCCACAGUUUGCCAACAUUUCCAUUUAUGACUUCUUCGUCUGGCAGCAUUACUACUCAGUGAGAGACACUCUCUUAGGUCCUGGUCGCCCCUUCAAAGCCAUAGAUUUCUCACACAAGGGUCCAGCAUUCAUUACCUGGCACAGGUACCACCUUCUGAGCUUGGAAAGAGAGCUUCAGAGACUGACAGGCAAUGAGAACUUUGCAAUUCCUUACUGGAACUUUGCCACAGGACAGAGUGAGUGUGAUGUGUGUACAGACUCUCUGCUCGGAGGCAGGAACCCAGACAAUCCUUUCCUCAUUAGCAACCAAUCAAGAUUCUCCAGAUGGGGAGUGGUGUGCAACAGCUUGGAUGAUUAUAACCGUCUGGUGACUCUUUGCAAUGGCACAAAUGAGGGUUUUAUUCAGAGAGGGAUGGUAGGGAAAACCAACAUGUCUCUACCCACCAUGAGUGAUGUCAGAAGCUGUUUAGGAAUCAGAGAGUUUGACAGUUCUCCAUAUUUCACCAACUCCUCCUUCAGCUUCAGAAAUGCACUUGAAGGGUACGACAAGCCAGACGGAGAACUGGACGAUACGGUCGACAACCUUCACAACCUUGUUCACGCUUUGCUCAAUGGAACCAGCUCUUUGUCCCAUUCUGCAGCCAAUGAUCCCAUCUUUCUGGUGCUCCAUUCUUUUACCGAUGCCAUUUUUGAUGAAUGGAUGCGCAGGUUUGUUCCAUCCAACGCCACCUACCCGGAGGAGAUGGCUCCUAUUGGUCAUAACAGGGACUAUAAUAUGGUUCCUUUUUUCCCUCCCAUCACUAACGAAGAGCUCUACGUCACAUCGGAUCAGCUGGGAUACUCUUAUGCCAUUUCCCUCGGUGAUGCAGAUGAGGGAGCUGUGUUUGUGCUGGGUUCCACAUUGGGAGGCGUCUUUGUCGGCCUACUGGUGCUUCUCCUUAUCUUUGUGCUCUACCUGCGUCAGCGGAGAAACAGAGGCUUUGAACCACUGAUAAGAGCUGAUUUCACAAACAGGAAGUACACAGAGGAGGCCUAGCUGUCACCUGUUGUUCCAACAUCCACCUCAGUGCUCAAACUUACCUCAGAGCAAUGGAGCUGUCAGUCUGUGAUGUUAGAAAAUUACUGAUCCUAUGACUUAAUGAAGCAAACCCUCCUUUUAGAUUUUAAGACUAACCGUAGAAGAGUUCUCUGAAUCAUGCAGUGCUUUGCAAAGGUAUUGACAUGUUUUGAACACCUUAAAAUUGUGUCAUUUUACUACCAAAUUUUUUAAAAGCUGUUCACUUUUUGUUGGAAUUAAAACAUGUUGGUUAAAGCCACAACAGUGUUUCACUGCCCUCCAUGCUUUUUUGAAAAAAGCUAAGUAAGGUAAACCAGUAUCAUGAAAACAGUGGCCAUCUUCUUCCUAUUUUUACACUAAUAAGAUUUGUGAAGUGGACAACUAAUGGUUGUUAUAUUAACAGAUACUAGCAAUUGUUUUGCUGAUGAGUUUCCACAGUCCUAUUAGCAACUUCUCAGGAAAUGUUCUGACCCAGAUUAGUCAGAUGACCUUGCCUCGGAAAGCUCAGUGCCAAUCCAUUAAUUUUUAGAUGAUUAAUUUAAAAGAUAAUUAGAUAUGCUAAAAGCUUGAGAUAUUAUUUAUUAACCUGCUUAAAUGUCACAUAGCUUUGGCUUUCGUUCCUUGGUCUUCCUGAUGCAGUUUGUCUAGAAACCCUAAACCCGCUAGAGAAAUGUACCGACUGGGAACAGAUUACACUGGAUUUUAUUUCGGGGCACCAGACUAAAACAGUUUGAAUACAAAUGCAUGCCACUGUUCAUAUUUUUAUUUGUAAAGAUAAAACAAUAAAUCUGUCAUCUUCA